GGAGCAGAGCAGCAGAGCAGGUGAAAUGUGGCCCGACUGGUCUGAUGGGAACAGAGAGAGACUCAGUGAGGUUGCUGAGUGACUGACAAGCCUGUCAGUCAGGUGGAUUUAGCAGCAGUGUGGCUGGACUUGAGACAAUGACAUAGUGUUGUUUGUGUUGCAGAGUGUGGGUCUGGACUAUCACCUGGUUGUUUCACUGACUGAGGGGGAACCUUGGAGCCCCCGUGGACUAACACCACCACUAGGCUUGGCUAGAGUGGAAUUUCCCUCCUCUUCCCCGGCUGCAGCUGGGGGCAGAUGGUUGCUCUGAGAGUCUGAGCAGAACUCAGGAAGGAGGGUGAGAGGAAGGGUGGAGGGAGGAGGGCCGGACAGGGAGAGGAAGAGAAGCGAGGAGUGGACAGAAGAGGAGACAUGCUUCGCUACGGUUCAGGACAAACUGUUUCCACCACCACAACCACCACCACAACAGGGGACUCUCCAGAGUCUUCAAGUGAGAGGGGCAUCCGACGCCUGAGGUUAACUUUACAUGCAGGAGAUUAUGGAAACAAGGAACCCAAAACUGCAAACUCAGCCACACAGGCUGAGAAAGAGAAAGAUGUCAACAGGGCCUGGAAGAAGAAGAACGGGCUGAUCCAAAGAGAGAGGCCAGCUGGCAGGGAGUCGCCUCAGCAGCACCUCAGAGACAUGACCAAUGGGGUGCCAGAGACCUCGCUGCAGCAUCAUGGGCCCAAAGUGUUCGGUGUGGUGCAGAGGACAGGCUCGGACAGACAGCAGGAAGUGAUGGCGCGCGAGUGGACAGUCAGUCACCUUCAGGAUGAGAUGAGGUACAUCAGGGAGGUGAGAGACUCUCUGGAGAAGGUGAGGGAGCGGAUGUACGGCCAGUUUGGAGGAAUGCAGCAAUCAAUAGAGAAGCUUUCACAGGAAAUCAGGGCUGCCAACUCACACCGGAGGAGUCUGGAGUCAGAGGUGAGGAUCCGGACGACAGCCAUGGAGAGCUUUGAUCAGAUGAACAGCUCCCUUAUAUCUGCUAACAUCGGCCUGCAGAAAUCCCUUUUGGAGAACUGUCAGAAUAGAGUGGGCAUGAGAGAGGAGGUGAAGAGUUUGAGGAGCACCUGUGACAAAACACAAGAAAAACUCAGAGACAAGGAGCGGGAGCUGGCUGCAGCACAAGCUGAAAACCAGACUUUGAGACUUCAGGUGGAGUCUUCGCGGGAGGCCAACAACCAGGCGCUGCAGGAGCUCUCAGCAAAGCUACAGAGAGAGUACGAGGAAAAGCUGCAGGAGGAACAAAGGAAACACAGGGAGGAGAUUGAAAACCUACAGGCCCAACUCGAUGAGUACAUCAGGCGACUGGAGGAAGCAGAGAGAAACAUCAAGAUCGCAGAAGCCAAGAUCGCUGAGAGAGACCAAAGGAUCAUCGAAGUGGAGCGUCUUCUCGACUGUAUGGGAAAGGAGAAGGAUCAAUUCCAGAAGAAGCUGCAGGAAUGUGAACAGCGUCUCCGGCUGAUGGAGCUGCAAGACAAAACCGAUUCAACUGUAGCCAGAAGGUCCAAAGAGCUGCAGGGUGAAGCCGUGGAUCUCCGUGAGAGAAUCAAACACUUGAACGACAUGGUGUUCUGCCAGCAGAGGAAAGUCAAAGGAAUGAUCGAGGAGGUUGAAACGCUGCGAGCUCAAGUCGCUCAGAAGGAUAUGUUCAUCUCAGAGCUUCUGGACAGAAUUGCAAUAGUGGAGUGUGAGAAUAAUGAAUUAGAAGACAAGCUGAAGUAUUUUAUGUCCACACAGAAUAACCCACGAGAGGUUUUGGAAACCAGAGAGAUAGGAGUAGGCUGUGAUCUGCUCCCCAGACGUGAAGCUCAGAGGCAUGAUGUUGAACCUGAACACUCUCAACCAACUCAUCUCCAUUCAAUGCAACUUCCUCCACCUGUUCAACCUACCUCACCAAUGAGAACUGCAUCAUCCAGUCAACCUCUAUCACCCAUACAAUCAUUGUCUCCCACUCCACCAUCAUCACCUACUCAACCUCUCUCACCUACUCGACCUCUAUCUCCUACUCAACCCUUAUCUCCCAUACAAAGGCAUUCCCCCUUUCAGCCCUCUUCUUCAUCUUCACUUUCCUACUCUACCAUUAAACAUCCAUCGCAUUACCUAACAACGCCCAUCCAGCCGAGGACGUUCAAGACUAACAACCCUCCGCCCAGCAGGCUUGAGUCCAGUUUACUGAGGUACACUCCUGUCGAAUACAGUCGCUUCCUGCAGUCCCACCCCACGUUGCCGGCUGAGACGUUCUCCCACAACCGAACAUCUGAAUCCGAACAUCGGGCUGUGAGUCCGGUUCAGGCCGGGAGAGACGAGGUGGACGCAGGAACAAACUCAGACGCACGAUCAAGUUCAGAGGAGUCAGCUUUAUCUCCGUCCUCUUUUCAACCGAGAUCAAGAACGCCUGGAGUUUAUACACCAUUCAUGAAACUUAUGGAAAUGACAGCCAAGAUAAAUAUAGAGUAAUCUUAAAGUAGUAGUUUGACAUUUUGGGAAAUUUACGAGCCAAGACCUUAAUAAGGAGAUUGAUGGCACUCUUAUUUCUGAAUCCACAACUAGCAGCUGGUUAGCUUAGCUUAGCACAUGUUGUGGGAAUUUCUUCUCCACUUCCAUAAUCUCCAUUUUCAAAAUUCCCUUCACUCCCGAAAACAUCAGCAGCCUCCAAGGAGUGACUUACUGAAAUGAAAAGUUUAAGUUUUGCUAAGGACUUAGAUGGUGCAGUAAUGCAGGCCUGCCAGAUGACUGGUUCAAAGAAUUACAAAGAAGCCAAACAGUUUUUUUCCUCUAUUGCAGAAUAAUAGGAAGUGUAGUCAGACCAUUCUUUGCAACAAAAGCAACAAAACAGGCCUAGUUUUACCUCUAAACCUCAAAGAGAGAUUUAGAAACAACAAUUUGCAACAAAUAUGGAGGUUAUGAAAGCAAAAGUCAGGAAACCAGGUUGGACUUACUGCUCCAAGUCAAGUAAUGGUACAUUGCAAAUCAUAAAAUUACUUCAUAAUAUGUUUUCGUACGGACUACGAAAUUAGUUCAUUAAGAACUUUAGAACUGCUAGUAGGUAGAUUUUGUUAAAUUUAGACAGAACAGACUAAUUACAUCCCCUGGUUUUUCCAGUCAUUAUGCUAAGCUAAGCUAAGCUAUACGCAACGACAUUUAGCUUAGCAUAAAGCUAAAAUGCACUCUAAAGUAAAUAUGCAACUAAAACUUGAGAAUGGCAUCAAUCCUCUCUUCUAAUUCUUGGCAAGAAAGCAAAUAACUGCAAUUCCCCCCAAAAAUGAAAUAUUUAUUUAAAAUUCAGUUGGCUUUAAUCCAUUUUUUACUCCUGAUUAUCUUUUUAAAAUAACCACGUGACUCAGAAAUAAAUGUUUUAAGAGAUACACGUCCAUAUUAGCUCCAUAAGUCAGCCUAUGUUUGCACAUAGCUCUAGUAAUAAUAAUAAUGAUAAUAGGCGUUAGGUGUAAAUAAUCUGAUACUCUGUAAAAAUCUUUUUAAAAAUAGUGUACUGCAGAGCUAUAUUUUGUUUGUUUACAGUGAAUGUAGCCUUGUAAUGUUGCUCUCGGAGCUAUAAGCAUUUAGUCCUAUAUGAAGAUUGAAAUGGUUAUUGUGUGUAUUUUGCUAUCAUUUUAUAUUUGUUCUGUACAAAUGAAAUGAACUGUAUUUUGUUAUUGUCACAGUGUACAUAAUAUUUAUUAACAUGCUUUGUGCCUUCGUGAACAGCCUACUAUCUGAUACUGGUGGUGGGACUGAAUCUCUUUAAACUGGUGACAGGGUGACGUGAUAAUAUGGUGAAGUUCUGUACUGAUGAUAAAACUGUUCAAUCACUUUAAAGAUAUUAACUUUAACAAGGUGACUGCCAUUCCUGAGCCACGGGCACAAGUAUUAUCCAGCUGUUGUCUGUACUGCCACAACUGUGUUUGAAAAAGCUUUAUGAUGUGCCUUUUCUGUAAUGAUACAUAUCAGAUUGCAACUAAGAAUAAGAGGCCAGCAUACGUUUGGAUAAUAAAGACUAUACUGCAAAAGUA